AUGCGUCGCGUCUCUUCUGGUGCCGCCGUGGGCUCCGCGCUCACCUCUUCUUAUGCGUUCGGCCGUGUGCAUGCUCGAGCGCUCCCGGCCGCCGGCACCAUGCGCUCGCUUUCCCUGGUGCGACCCCCUCUCCCCCGAAACUCGGCCUCGAGGUGGGUGGCGGGCCGAACGCUGGCUACGUCGGCACCAGGCUCCUCUUCUUCAUCACCAUCUUCGAGGACCGCCCAUCGCGCCGUCAUCGCGUUUGCCCCGGCGAGUAGGCCGACGCUGACGAGCGUGUGCGGGCCAACGCUGGUCGUGCACCAUGUAGCGAGGCGCGGUGCGUCGGACAAGGCGAAGGAAAACGCUGGCACGGUGGUGGCGAGGCGUGCGCGAGCGGCGUACGAGCGGUUUAAGGAGCGGAAGACCGAGAUGCUGAUGCUCUACGGGUCGACCUUUGUCGUGGUGCACGAGGUGCUGGGAAUUGCGUCCUAUGCCAUCACCUACAGCCUCCUCGCUUCGGGCGUGCUCGACGUCGAGCACUUUGCAGGUUUGGUGGGCUUCACAGAGGAAGACGCGCAAAAGAAGGGCUUCUCGCUGCGUGACAGGAUGGUCACGUUUGCUAUGACCGUCGCCUUGGUAAAGGCCAUGGAUAUAAUGGGUCUUGUGCCGCUUCGCUGGGCGAUCAACAUUCUCAUCACCCCGCGGAUCGCCCGGUACGUUGGGCCGCAUGCGGACAAGCUCUUCCACGCCAUCAAAGGCCUCGUCAAACGAAAGAAGCCGCCCACGCAGGGCGCCUGA